UGUGCUGCAGCCAGAACAUGUAAAUCGCGGACUUUGCCUAUCGACUGUCCACUCUGCGACGCAUGCGGUCACACUUUAGUCACAGCUGUUAAAAUUACAUAAAAAUGGCGAGCUCCAUCAUUCUGGCGGGACUCGGAGUGGCAGCCGUUGGCUUUGCGGGGAAGCACAUGCUGCGGCGCAUGCCCCAGAUGACCACCGCCUUCAACGAGGCCCUGAAGAAUCUGCCCAAGUUUGAUGCCGAGAGCAUGGCUGCUUCGAAAUACUACAAGGGCGGCUUUGAUCCCAAGAUGAACAAGCGAGAGGCGGCCCUCAUUCUGGGCGUCAAUCCAAGUGCCUCCAAGCUGAAGAUCAAGGAUGCGCACAAGAAGAUCAUGCUGCUAAAUCAUCCGGAUCGGGGCGGUUCCCCCUACCUGGCGGCCAAGAUCAACGAGGCCAAAGACUUUAUGGACAAUACUAAAUAGUUGCCGGGCAGGCCUGCCGCCACCGAGUGUAAAUAAAAUAGUUUGUGUUUAGCCUGUAAA